UGGACCGCUCGGCGAAGGGGACUGGGGGCGUGGCUUAGCCCUUGGGCGCGAGCCGCCUCUCUCUCUCUCUCUCUCUCUGAGGCGAAAGAGGGAGGAUGGAGUGAGAGUGCCAUGGCGUCCCAGUUCCCGGCUGAGGAAGGCGGCCGAGGCGACCAGCUCAGCUCCGGCGACGAGGAGGAAGAGGGCGAGAGAGCGGCGGCGGUGGCGGCGGCGCUGCUGGGGGAGUCUCCGGGCCCCGGCUCCGACUCGGAGAGCCCCUCGCCUCCGGGCCUGGCCGAGCAGUUCGAGCGGGCGGCGGAGCGCGUGCCGGGCCUGGUGGCGGUGGCCAGCAAGGAGCAGCUCCUCGCGCUCUAUGCGCGCUACAAGCAGGUCAAAUGUGGUACCUGCAACACUCCCAAACCUGGAUUUUUUGAUUUUGAAGGAAAGCAGAAAUGGGAAGCUUGGAAAGCAUUAGGUGAUACAAGUACUGAGCAAGCAAUGAGAGACUAUGUUGCUACUGUGAAGAAACUGGACCCUGAUUGGAAUCCACAGGUAACAGAAAAAAAAGGAAAGGAAGGAAAGGGUGGCUUUGGAGGCCCAGUUGUCAGCUCUCUGUAUCAAGAAGAAACCAUCAGGGAGGAAGAUAAGAAUAUAUUUGACUACUGCAGAGAAAACAACAUCGACCAUGUAACCAAAGCCAUCAGAUCAAAAAAAGUGGAUGUGAACACGAAAGAUGAGAAGGGCAGAGCGCUGCUGCACUGGGCCUGUGACAGAGGACACAAGGAACUAGCCUCAGUACUCCUACAACAUACAGCGGAUGUUAAUAGCCAGGAUGAUGAAGGUCAAACACCAUUGCAUUAUGCCUCUACUUGUGAGUUUUCUGACAUUGUGGAACUACUGCUGAAAUCCGGAGCUGACCCUACUCUUCGGGAUAUAGAAGGAUACUUGCCUGAAGAGGUGACAGACUGUCGAGUAAUCACCUCCAUGCUGCAGGAACACACUGCUGGAAAGGCUUAACCAAAAGAACAAGGAAGCACAUGAAUAGUCCCAGCUCAAUGCUCACAGAAGGACAUCAUUGCUAUGCCUGAUAUAUGGAAAGUAAGCCUUGUUAAGGAAAGGGCUUUAUGGCAGGAAAACAAAUCCAGAUGAUCAUGCAGUGUACAACAUACAAGGUGAACUAAAUCAGAUUUAGGUGGCCCACUAAAUAUGGCAAAUGGGAUGUUUUUGGUUAUGUAGAAAUGUUGAGGCAUGAGGCUAAUUUUGCAUUAUUAUGACCGUGUGGGCAAAGGCCACAUUAAGGUUGAUAUCCUACAUGUGUUUGGAGUAAGCCCUAUAGAAACUUGCUUUCCCAAGUGAAUAUGCAUAGUGUUGAGUUGUGAAAGUGACUGCUCUUUCACAAAAUACAAUUUUUGUAAGACAAAAGAAACUAAGGAGUGGUGAGAGGGGAGAAUUUAAUCCGUUUACAACAUUUUCAGUAUAGUAAAAAUGACUUACUACUCAAAGGAAGUACUGUGUCACUAUUGUUAUUUCCUUGAGUUUUCUAAGUUGUCAGAAUGGAGGACUUUUCUACUGCCUCCUGAAAAUCAAAAUGACAAAAUUGGGCGGGGGGGGGGGGAGCUGUUACAUACAGUGUUAAUCAAAAGGUCAAAACUGAUGGCAUUGUCCAUUAUAUGUAUCCCUCUGUAUCUGUUGUAAAAUACUGUCUUGCACGAUAAAAAAUAAUCCAAGAA